AUGUGGAGAAGAUACUGUAAAAAUUAUGAGUUUCCCUCAUGGUGGCACUCUUUCAAGCAGGAGUGGAAUACUGCAAAAGAAAAAGUAGUGUAUGAUACAGAUCAAUAUCACACUGAUAUAGAGACAUGGGUUUGUUCAUGUCCAGCAUAUUUAAACAACCCCUACUUGAUUUGCAAACAUUUAGUGGCAAUGAAAAUCAGACUAAACCCUGGAUUUACACUUCUUUUCAAGGACAUUAUGCAGUGCCAUGAUUAUCCAUUUAUCAAUUUUUACCAAGAACAUAACUCACGUAUUCAAGUGGAUAAUACACCUUGGAACUAUGUUCAGGAAAAUGAUAAUCAAUUUGUAGAUGAGCCAUUAGAUGUAGCGAAUAUGAAUACGUUAGAUGUGAGCACCACUUAUCAGCAGUCUAGCAUUAGGGAAAGACAAGAGGUGCUAACGAGGCUCAAAUCAUUAGUAAUUCAUGGGUUCGAUCUAGCUGAAGAGAAUAUACAAAAUGACAG